AUGAAGAAAACUUGGGGUGGGACUGACAUAAAGCUGGUUAUACAGAAGUUCAUAAAGCCUACUGAUUUGAAUCCGGGGCACAAUCGUUUGUCAAUGACAUUGAAACAAGUCAGGAGCAAGUUUUUGAGUGAAGCUGAGGAGGAAAAAUUCAAGAAUAAUCAGGGAAUGGAUGUUAUAUUGGUAGAACCAUGUCUUGAGGUAUCUAAAGUGCACUUGACCAAGUGGCUCAUCGGAGGGAGCUUUGCAUAUGUUUUCAAGACUCAAUGGAAUCAAAUCGUCAAGAACAAUGCUGAUACUCUCAAGCCAGAUGCAGUUGUACAAAUUUGGUCAUUUCGAGUUGGACCUGAAUCACAGCUUGGCUUUGCCAUGAUCAAGGUUAAAGAUGGGAAGACGGUCUCUGAAAUUCAUUAG